UCUGGUAGGCGAGCAGAGGUGGGGCUGGGGUCGGGUGGCAGCUAUGAGCUGCACCAUUGAGAAGAUCCUGACAGACGCUAAGACGCUUCUGGAGAGACUGCGGGAGCAUGAUGCAGCUGCCGAGUCGCUGGUGGAUCAAUCGGCGGCGCUGCACCGGCGGGUAGCCGCUAUGCGGGAGGCGGGGACAGCGCUUCCGGACCAGUAUCAAGAGGAUGCAUCCGAUAUAAAGGACUUGUCCAAAUACAAACCUCACAUUCUGCUCUCCCAAGAGAAUACACAGAUUAGAGACUUGCAGCAGGAAAACAGAGAGCUAUGGGUUUCCUUGGAGGAACAUCAGGAUGCUUUGGAACUCAUCAUGAGCAAGUACCGGAAACAGAUGUUACAAUUAAUGGUUGCUAAAAAAGCAGUGGAUGCUGAACCAGUCCUGAAAGCUCACCAGUCUCACUCUGCAGAAAUUGAAAGUCAGAUUGACAGAAUCUGUGAAAUGGGAGAAGUGAUGAGGAAAGCAGUUCAGGUGGAUGAUGACCAAUUUUGUAAGAUUCAGGAAAAACUAGCCCAAUUAGAGCUUGAAAAUAAGGAACUUCGAGAAUUAUUGUCCAUCAGCAGUGAGUCUCUUCAGGUCAAGAAGGAAAACUCAAUGGACACUGCUUCCCAAGCCAUCAAAUAACUCAACUUCUAGAUGACAGCUGGCGAUAGUUUAUCAAGGAAGGAAGUUAUUAUCUUUCUAUUUGAGUAUUGUCCAUUCGUUGUCUUGACUCAGACUUGAUUUAGUGUUGAUUAAAGGUAUCAGGUGGCAGUUUACAAUUCACGGUCAAAAUUGGCUGUCCACAAAACAGUUUUUGGGUGUGUUAGUGAAAAUACACACUGAGUUUCACCAUUCAUUUCUCUAAGAGACUACUUUUAAUUUUCAUUUCUGGGACCUCGAUUUAUAUAAACUGUUUUCAGUUCAUUUUUGUUUUCACAUCUCUGAAACUUAGAGCAUUUUAUUAUAAGACAGCAAUUUUAUUUUAUUUAGGAUUAUAAAUUACAAUUCUAAACAGUUUUAAAAAGAGAUUAGCUUUUUAAAUCUAUUUGGCAUAAACUUUGAUUUUUUUCCAUUUGAGGAAAGUAAUAUAAUUCUUCACAACUAGAUGGGCAGAUUCUCUGAUUUAUAAUGUGAUUCACUUUCUAUGAAGUUUUAAGUCUCUCUGGUGCUCAGAGUUGGCACUUCAUGGCGUCUUUACUCUUAAUUUGAGAGAACCUACUUCUAGUCCCCAGGAAACAUACCUGAAAAUAAGUCAACUGUUUUUUUCUACUGGAAGUAGUCAUCAUUUUGUUCAAAGAAUGCUGAGUAAUUUGUCCUGUGUAUGUGCACACACACGUGUGCUCUUAGUUCAGAUGCUAAAAGUAGCUUUUAUUUGUUCUAUUAGAUAUUAGUAGUCAAUGUUUCAAUUUUGUCCUACUAGAAAAUCUUCAACUUCAGUAGUUUACCCAGUGUGAAGAGCAUUAGUUUAUUCACAUCAUAGUUCUUAGGUACUACAUUCUACUAUCUAAUUUAUAUAUAACUUGUGUUUUAUAGUUAAGAACCAUCACUUACUUGGAUGUCUUUCAUUACUAGUACUAGUACUUUCUUUUUAGAUCCAUUUUUUACAAGGAAGCAAAGUUUUAUCACCUAAUAGAGUUAUUACAUUCAUAGUACUGUGUAGACAACAAAGCAAUGUUGAGAUUCAAAUGGUGAGGGAUCAACUGGCUCACUCAUCAACUCAUUCCGUCAUCUCAGUUUACUCACAUUUCAAAUUUACCAAUUACUUCAUGUUAUACUAUCAUAUAUAGUAUAGAUUUGCCUAGAAAUAAUUGAAAUAAUGAAUGCUAAAUCUGUCAAUAUUUUCCAGUAACACUAAGCACCAUACUGCAUGUGAGACAGACAGUAUUAAAAAGAGUUUUUUGUUAGUGCUUUGUGUGAUGUAAAAUUUCUUUUUUACUGCCAUAAAGAAUUAACUCCAGUUAAGACA